GUUAAGUAUACUUUAGGGCCCUAAAGUAUGGGUGUAAUUGCAGUUUACUCACUAAACUUGCAAAAGUUGCAAGUCACUCACUUAUGCAAGUAUUCCGGUGGUAACAUGUCAAGGAACUUGAUGGAUGACAGCAAAGGGCUAAGAGAUGAAGUUCUGCAAUUGAGAAAAAACCUUGAACAAGCAAACCAGCUAUACAGGAAGAAGGAAGCUGAGGUUGUUAUGAUGAAGAUGAAGAAGCCAGAAGGUAGCAACAAAGGAUAUAGUGGCAGGGGUUGUGCUAUUGUUGUGGUUGUACUUGUUGUUGCAAUAGUCUAUCUUUUGAUUCAUUAAUUUAAAUAAUCAUGC